AUGCCCACAGUGAACCUAGAACACGCAAAGAUGGACGACUGGAUCGACGAGAAGGCUCCCAGCGCCGAGAACGUUGAGCACUGCGCCAUCAUCACCACCAUUGACGACAUCCAGGUUCUUGGCCUUCGCUCCGAGGAUGCAGACUUCUAUCGCAACUUCUCCGAUAGAAGGAAAAAGCUACUAUUACGAAAGGUUGAUAUCAGGCUCGUGCCGAUGCUGUGCAUUCUCUACUUGAUUUCUCACCUGGACAGGGCCAAUAUCGGCAACGCAAAGAUCCUGGGGCUGACAGAAGAAUUGGGCUUGAGCGGUCUCCAGUAUAAUAUUGCUCUUAGUCUUUUUUUCAUCCCCUACGUUCUACUUGAGGUCCCGAGCAAUAUUCUUCUGAAGCAUUUCACCAGGCCCUCGGUCUAUUUGGGUACUCUGAUCGUCAGCUGGGGGGUUAUCAUGACAUUGACUGGCGUCGUCCGAAAUUUCGGCGGGUUGUUGACCAUGCGACUUUUGUUAGGAAUCUUCGAGGCUGGAUUCUUCCCUGGUUCGGUCUACCUGUGUUCGCGCUGGUACAUGCCCAGAGACCUCGCCACUCGGGUGGCCGCAUUCUUCUGCGCAAGUGCUCUCUCUGGUGCCUUUUCCGGUCUUCUCGCGGCCGGUCUUAGCAAGAUGGAUGGUUGGUUUGGGGGGUUGACCUUCUUCUUGCUAGUAGACUCACCACAAUUAUCCACCAAAUGGCUUGAUCAGGACGAGAUCCGGUACCUAGAGAUACAGGAAUUUAUCAAAGAAGGAGGGCAGUUCAAGGAGGAGAAUAAGAAGACAUCUUGGAAAGACGUCGGGGACAUGAUGCUGAACUGGAGAAUUUAUCUGCUGUCCUAUAUUAUGCUGUGCCAGUCUGCCUGCAACUACGGAACGAAAUUCACUCUUCCGACCAUUACAGAGGCAAUGGGCUUCACCGACACCAACGCGCAGCUUAUGACCGUCCCGCCGUACAUUGCCGGUGCCAUAUCCGCAGUCCUGUUUUCCAAACUGUCUGACCGGUAUUACUGGCGCAUGCCAUUCGUUGCAGCACCCCUGCUCCUGAUCGUUACCGGGUACGCGAUCAUAAUGGGCGUCAAGGGCCGGCUGGAAGCUAACAUCGGGCCUGGGUAUUUUGCAAUCAUCGUGGCUUGCAUGGGUAUCUACCCAACCUACCCAGCCACGGCCUCAUGGGCAAUGAACAACCUGGCGCCCUCAAAGCGCCGCGCUAUCGGUAGUGCGUUCAACAUCUGCAUGGGCAAUACCGGCGGCAUUAUCGGUAGCUACAUGUAUCUUGAUAAGGAAGCCCCGACCUAUCCUACGGGUUUUGGGCUGUCGUUGGCUUUUGGUGCAUCGGCUCUUCUUGUAGCUGUUGUUCUCGAGUUAUCCUUUGUGUAUGGCAACAAGCGCAAUGCUCGGUUCACAGAGACGGAGGUUCGGGAGAGGUACACUGACGAGCAGUUGCUGGCGAUGGGAGACAAGUCUCCGUUCUUCAAGUACACGCUAUGA